UGGUUUUUCCAGUGUACACGUCGUAUUUUGACAUAAUAUUGGGACUUUGAUAUUGAGAUAAAGGCAAAGCCUGAGGUUAAAGAUUUACUGGCAACUCAUAUACACACUGUGAUGGAUUCGCUUUACCACCAAACAAAUAAAUUGCUUCAAGAAAUUCAUACUGAUUUAGGCAGAUUAGAAAGAGCCACUGGAAGUGACAUUCAUUUGCUAGAAAAUGAAAUCCAGGCACAUUUGGAUCACAUAUUUAGUAAUUGUGAAAGACUUGACAUUCUUGUCAAUAAGGAACCACCAACAAGAAGAUCAAAUGCUAAAAUGCGAGUUGAUCAGUUGAAAUAUGACUGUCAGCACUUACAAAGUGCUUUACGGAAUAUUCAACAUAAAAGAUAUUUACGGGAAGAAGAAGAUGCUCAACGAGAGGCUCUAUUAACCAGAACAUUCACAACAAAUGAUGCAGACACCUCAAUACUGAUCGAUGCUUCACUACAACACCAUACCAGUCUUCAAAAUGCUAACAAGGGAAUGGAUGACUUGAUUGGUUCGGGAAGUGGGGUUCUUCAAAAUCUUAGGGAACAAAGAGUUUCCUUGAAAGGAGUUCACAAGAAAAUGUUAGACAUUGCCAACACUUUAGGACUUUCAAACACAGUGAUGCGAAUGAUAGAAAGACGAACUUCACAAGACAGAAUUAUUCUUUUUGCAGGAAUGAUCAUUACGUGUGUUAUUAUGUAUUUAGUAUGGAGAUAUUUUUCCUGAAGGAUGAGAUUACUAGAUUAUAAGACAAUGUAUUGUGAAGCCAAAAAGUGCCAGAAUUUAAGAACUGACAAUAUUUGAAUGUACCAUGAACUUUAUAAUAUAAGCCCUUUUCUUUAAAUAAAAGAGGUUUAUUUGAAAAUGUAAGAUCCAAGACAAACAGGUACAUGUAGUUAGUUAACUAAUCUCUCCUGCUUCUUUGAACUUUGAAGUAACACAAACCAAAUGGUAAAUAUAGGUCUGUUGGUAAAAGCGCUUUUAAUUCAAGCUCAUCUAUAGAUCCGCAUCCACUUUAAACAUGAUUUGUGUGAAUUAAAACUGUCAAACCUUUAUAACUUACACUGUCGUCCGUAGUUCCAGUAACUUGGUCAAGUUAACCAUCAUUUUAUUUGUGUAAAACUAAACACAGUUUUACUGUAAUAAUCCUUGACAGUAUUGAGCCAUAUCCAACUUUCAUUUAAUUAUAUUGCAGACAUACACUAUGAAAGAAUUUGAUUCAAUUUAACUUUAAAAAUUGCUGUGCACGGAGUUAAGUUGCCAUAAUAUGAUUGUCUAUUACAUUACAACCUGUUGAGAUUAGUUAUAAAUGAUUAACUCUCGAAGAUUCACUAUCUGGUCUGCGAUAUCAACUUGGUGGAAGUGGACGUUAAAUAAAGCUAUUUUACACACACAUACAGAUUAAUAAUCAAACCAUGGUAUAGCUUCACCCACUACACAACAGUAAUUCAGUGGUAGACAUUUAGAUCUACAGUACCGUCACUAACGGUAAAAUAAAAUAACGUCCUUUUUUUAACUCCCAAUCAUGCAAAAGCCCGCCCACUACACCCAUCAUGACAGUAACUCAAUAAUUUAAUUUUCAAUACCUUGUUAAUUAAGUUGAUCCCUAGUUCAGAUAAUAUUUUUGUUUUAAUAACAAAUUAUCCUAUUUAUUAUAACACGGACAAGUGAUUAAUUAACAACAAAUAUGACAGCAGAUUAUGUUGCCGUCAAGUUUGUUUGACCUCUACACACGUGGUUGAAGAAAUUGAAAGUAAAAUUAGCAAUUUCCUGUUCAAAGUUUUCCCUUUGAUGCAUAUGAGUGAAAUUUUUGAUUACUGUAUUAUUAGUUGUUUAUGACAUCUAGAGCUGGCUUUGAUGUAAACUAUUAAAUUGUACGACAUAUAUUUUAGAUUUCAUCAUGGUACUUGGUUAUUUUUUUAUAGCAAUAAGAAAUUGAAAAUAUUUAAUGUAAAUGUUGUCUCCAGUUUUGUUGUUAAUUAACAGUCACUUUGUCAACAAUUUCUGUGUACAAUGGUCAUGUGCACCACCUAUAAAUUAUCUAUUAUUAAAUGCUUAAUAAUUAUGGGUAAAUCUUAAUGUUGUAUGAUACAAAAUAUUUGACAUUUAGUUAUUAUCUGUAUAUGAAUUAUAAUGUCUUUUCAAUCCGGUUCUAAACUUGAUCCAUAUGUACAGCCCCAAUCAUUUGCUCACAAUAUGUUUUGUUUCAUUCCACAUAUUAUUUUUUAUAAUGUUCAUUUCAAUAUUUAAAUCAAAUUGUGAAUCUGUUAGUGUAUGUGUAGGCAGUUUAAAAUCUGUCUGUAGUGGGCUUCUUUUCUGUGCAAAUAAAAUAAACAUUUUUUGUAAGGAAGGGGGUUACAUUCUGAACAGCAAAUAAUAGAAGAAAAAUACCCCUUAUCACUUAAUUGGUAAUUUGGAAUUGUUGAUGAGAAUUAUAUGUAUAUGAAUGUGGUGAGUUGGGUGGCCAAAUGGUUAACGCAUGCACGUUGGAUCAGAAGGUCAGUUAGGUGGCGUUCUUUCAAUUCUCCUUUUGUACGUGACAAGGAGUAGGGUCGCCUGUCCAACCUCGUGGUUUUUCUCCGGGUCCUUCGGUUUCCUCCCACUGCUAAAGACACUUACGCACAACUGAAUUAUUGAAAUAAAAUUGAACCAUAUGUAAGUCCUGAAAUGACCUAGUUUGUGUUGAGUGGACGUUAAACCACAUUUUUCUCUCUCUCUCUGAAUAUGAAUGUGGCAUGUUUUGGAUUUGUUCUUUAUUGAUGAGAACUGCAUGUAUAUGAAUGUGGCAGGUUUUGUUUUGUUGUUUACGGUCAUAUUUGACAGAUAAACCUAUAAAGUACAAAAUGCUACAUAACAGACCUGUUCAAGAAUCAGAAGCCUUCAACUACAGAACACUGUAAAAAGAUUGCCCAAUUUUGUCACAGUCUUGCCAGUGAAAUCUGAUCUAUGAUUGUAUUUCUCUGAAUACAUCUGAAGGAAACUAGAGCUCUCUUGAGCCCCUGUCAAAUUUUGCCUGUACCCAUGAAAUUAAUGUUUAGUGUCGACUCAUAACAACUGUUCCUGGGCAUUUUUCUUUUUCUUUCUAAAAUUGGCAGAUAUAUUUUACACCAGUAUGAAAUUUAACUGACAUUUUUCAAAAUUUGAAUAUAGGUGUACAUGUGAAUUGAUUUGGAAUAUGUGGUAGGAUAAUCAAACAUGAAUAAAUGAAUAUGAUUUAGCUGUUUAGUACAAAUCAUUAAUAUAUGAAUAUUUAAUUGUAUAUAAUUAAUUUAUCUACAUGUGUACUGUUAUGUGUAAAUUUAUGUAUGUAUGUAUCAUAUGAAAUCAAAUAAAAGUACCCAUAAGCGGAAUCUAGAAUUUUGUUCAUUU